AUGGAAACCCCAAGAAUUCUCAUUACCGGUGCAACCGGUUAUGUUGGCGGCAGCGUAUUGACAACGGUCCUCUCAAACCCCUUCCUCGCAAAACUCCCCAUAACAGCCCUCAUCCGCACUCAAUCCCAAGCCUCGACUCUCUCCUCCCUUCCAGUAACACCGCUUCUCUUCGCAAACCUCGAUGACACAGCCUUUCUCACCGAAGUAGCUUCAACACACGAUGUCGUCAUCCACGCAGCAAACGGUUAUCACAUCCCUUCCGCCCAAGCCUUCAUCCGCGGUCUCGCGCAACGGAAGCGCCAAACAGGGCGUGAAGUACACUACAUUCACAACUCGGGAACUUCAAACUUUGGCGACAGACGUGUUUCGAAAACGUACACUGAGAAAAGGGUGUUUUCGGAUAAAGAUAAUGUUUAUGCCUAUGAGAAGAUGAGAGAGGGGAUUGAGCCUUAUCAUCAACGAACUGCUGACGUGACGGUUUUCGAACUAGGUGAGGAGUUGGAUGUUAAGACGUAUAUCAUCUGCUCGCCUUUGAUCUAUGGUAGGGGAACGGGCUUGUUUAACAAGUCGUCGAUUCAGAUUCCGACGAUGGUUAGGGCUGCUCUUGAGAGGGGGCGAGCGAUGUAUGCUGGUGAUGGGUUGGGGGUCUGGGAUCAUACACAUGUUGAGGACAUUGCAGCGCUUUACGCCCUCAUUCUAGCAAAGGUUGUCAAGCAGGAAGAUGUACCCUUUGGAAAGGAGGGUUUCUUCUUUGAGAACCAUGGGAAACAGUCUUGGCUUGACAUAGCGAACGAGAUUGCAAGAGUUGGCCAUCAACGAGGCAAACUUGCCGCUGAACCGGAGAGUGUUGGGUUGAAGGAGGUUAGCAAAGCUUGGUUCGAUGGCGAUGAACACCUUACGGAACUUGGAUUGUGUUCGAGGUCUGAGACGAGGGGGGAUCGGAGUCGCGAGUUUGGAUGGGAGCCGGUGAAGGAUGACUCGAAAUGGAUUGAGACUGUAGCUGAGGAAUUCGAGGUUGCUCUUGAAGUUAUGGCGUGAAUUUGGGGAUGGUUGGGGUAGGUUGGUGUUUUUGUGAUAUUUGCGAUGUUUCGAGGCCAUGGGUACAGGUUAUGUCAGUUGGACUUGGU